AUGGCUCGAAAAUCAUCGAAACGCAAGCCAUCAAGCCCAGACCACACCGACGACAACACUGCCAAAAGGUCAAGGACUGCCAAUGGCCUCCACGAACCACAUCCGCUGGCUAAAGAGGCCGAAAAGUACGGCAUAGUGCGUCGAAAAUACUAUCCACCAGAGAUGAGCAAUGCACGAGCUCGCGCAUACAAUAACAAUGAGAUUUCACGGCCUAUAGAAGACCUCAUCUUUGCUCUGGAAGAUACGGCGGAGCAACGCAAAAGGGUGGAAGUCAAGGAUGCUGUAGUCCAUUGGUUCAAGGCGGAUUUGCGCUGUAACGACAACAGAGCUCUUGCCCUGGCCAGCGAGAAGGCAAAGGAGGCUGCGGUGCCCUUGAUUUGCAUGUACAUUGUCAGCCCACAAGACUUUGAAGCUCACUUGACCUCGCCGGUGCGGGUGGACUUCAUUCUACGAACCUUGGAAAUACUGAAAAGGGAUCUGUCGAGACAAGACAUCCCCCUUUAUGUCGAAGCGGUACAGAAGAGAAAGCAAAUCCCCGAUCGAAUAUUGGAGUUGAUGGAGCAGUGGGGAAGUCGACACUUGUUCGCAAAUAUGGAAUAUGAGGUGGAUGAGCUUCGCCGGGAAGCGAGCAUGGUUCACGAUCUUGCAGAGAAUGGCAAAUCGUUUGAAGUCGUUCACGACAGCUGUGUCGUGCCUCCGGGACAACUACAAAGCGGCUCCGGAAACCAGUAUGCCGUCUAUUCGCCGUGGUAUCGAUCUUGGAUUGCUCAUAUCCACGCUGACUUGGAACUGCUUGAACUCUUUGAUCCCCCACAUAAAAACCCCGAAACGGCGAGGAAGAAGUUCAAGGAGCUGUUUGAAUGCGACGUUCCGCAGGCACCGCCAAACAAGCAACUUUCAAAGGAGGAAAAGAAGAGGUUCCACUCUCUGUGGCCUGCAGGUGAGACUGCUGCCAAAGAGAGACUGGACAAAUUUUGCGAAGAAAAGAUUGGUGGUUACAGCAAUAACAGGAACAUUCCUGCAGAGGAUGGAACGUCCUCUCUGUCGGUACAUCUCGCCAGCGGAACUAUCAGCAGUCGUACGUGCGUCCGCACAGCUAGGGACAGAAACAAGACGAAGAGAUUAGACGGCGGCAAUGAAGGCAUUCGAGUUUGGAUAAGCGAGGUCGCCUGGCGUGACUUUUACAAACACGUUCUUGUCCACUGGCCCUACGUAUGUAUGAAUAAGCCAUAUAAGCCAGAGUACUCCAACAUUGCCUGGUCCUACGACGAGGAGCACUUCAAAGCUUGGUGUGAGGGUCGCACUGGUUUUCCCAUUGUUGAUGCUGCCAUGCGACAGCUCAACCACAAUGGCUACAUGCAUAACCGCUGUCGAAUGAUUGUCGCCUCGUUCUUAUCUAAAGAUUUGCUCAUUGACUGGCGCAAGGGCGAGCAGUAUUUCAUGGAGCACCUCAUUGAUGGCGACUUUGCCAGCAACAAUGGCGGCUGGGGAUUCAGUGCUAGCGUCGGCGUUGACCCUCAGCCAUAUUUCCGAAUCUUUAAUCCGCUUCUCCAGAGCGAGAAGUUUGAUCCGGAAGGGGUGUAUAUCCGUAAAUGGGUUCCAGAACUGCAAAAUCUGGACAAGAAAGAAAUCCAUGAUCCAUAUGGUCGAGGAGCAGGCACCAAGGCACAGAAGUCGGGAUACCCGAAGCCAAUUGUCGACCACAAGAAAUGUAGAGACAGAGCAUUGGACGCAUACAAAGAUGGAAUCGCGAAUGGCAUGUAG